CCGGCACUUCCGCCAAGAUGGCGGCGCCCAGCUGCGCCGCGGCACGCGCUUCCCCGGAGCGGCUCCCUCGGUGACGGGUGAUGCCACCUCUCCUUCCCUGGUGAGAGCUUGAGGACGGAGCCUCCUCACCCACCAUGAGUAUCACGCCAGAGGCUAAGAGUCGUGGGAUGAAGUUUGCCGAGGAGCAGCUGCUGAAGCAUGGAUGGACGCAAGGCAAAGGUCUGGGACGGAAGGAGAAUGGCAUCACCCAGGCCCUCAAGGUGACACUGAAGCAAGACACUCACGGCGUGGGACACGACCCUGCCAAGGAGUUCACAGACCACUGGUGGAGUGACCUCUUCAACAGGACCGCAGCCAGCUUGGUGGUAGACUCAGGGGAGGAUGGAGUACAGAUCAGGCACCUUUCUAAGGAGACUGCCCAGCAUGACCGCCCCAAGCCCAAUUUGCUGUAUCAGAAGUUUGUGAAGAUGGCCACACUAGACUCUGGCAGAGAGAAGCCAAACAAAGACUUGGAGAGCUGCAGUGAUGGUGACACCCAGGGACCCAAGCCUGCAAAGAUCCUCACCGACGAGAUGCUGCUCAGAGCUUGUGAAGGGAGAACAGCACACAAGGCUGCCCGGGUUGGAAUCACAAUGAAGGCCAAGCUUGCUCGCCUGGAGGCACAGGAACAAGCUUUCCUGGCUCGUCUCAAAGGCCAAGAUCUAGAGGCCUCUGAACCACAGACUGAGAGCAAGCCCCCUCAAAAAAAGAAAAAGAAAAAGAAGCAUAAGGAGGAGGAAGAGGAUAUAGCAAAUGAAAAGAAUACAGAUGAAGACUUCCUAGAAUGCUUUGACCAGACCUUUAAGAAAAGCAAAAAGAAAAGGCGGCAAGAACAAGCCUUAGAUGAGAGAGUGAAAGCUCUAGGAAGUGAGGAGGAAGAGGCUGCAGGAGAACUGAAGACGAGUCAGCAAUCAGAUAGGUCUCCCCAGAAGAAGAAAAAGAAGAGGCGGCACCACAAAAAGGAGGAGAUGGAGGUCUGUCGUAGAGAAGAAGGCAAGGAGGUGGCCAAGGAGACCAACAGCGGAGCAGGCAUGGACGCCUGCAGUAGAGGCAAGAAGUGGCAGUGUGAGAAGGACUCAAAAACACAGGAGGAAGAAGGGAAGGAUGGCCGAACCAAAGCAGAAAGAGCAGGGAGAAAAAGCAAGAAGGAAAAACAGUAUGAGGCGGCGGCAGCCUCGGACAUAAGCAGUGAAGCCUACAGGACUUGGGACGUAGAGAAUGAUGGCAAGAAGAGAAGCAGGCCACACCCAGAGGAGACAGCUGAUGACCACAGUGACCAGAGAGCCAAAAAGAAGAAACAAAAGAGGCACUGAAGGUGGGACUUCGGCAUGACCCCUGUGAGGAGGCCCUCCUGAGGAGGAAACAGCUCUGGAACAACACACCAAACUGCCGAGAAGCAUCUGUAGACAUGGUUCCCUAUGGCUGCCCAACUGCCUCCACAAGCCCAGCAGCGAAGGGACAAAGUGUGCUGGGGCUGCAGAGGGACACAGCUGUACUUGAAGGAAUUUUCCUGACAAAAGCAGCUCAAAGUCGGAAAGAAUGAAUGUAAGAGCCAAAGGAAGGGUAGGACUCCUUGCAACGUGCUCCUCCAGACACAAGAUGGCCCAGAGACCCAUGACCUCACAGUGCCAGCCACUCCCUACACAAGACCAUCCUAAUAGCAGGAAAACAUCAUAACAUCAAAGUAGGAGACUGAUUGAGAGGAGGAGGGGAUAUGAUAAGAGAGUUGAGUGUCAAAGAGGAAAAUGGGAGGAGGGAGUCACCAUGGGAUAUUGUUUACAGUUACGGAAGUUGUCAAAAAAAAUUAAAAAGCAGCUGAAAGUGUA